CUCUAUAUAAAUUACACUUGUGUGUGCCUAGGAAUUAAAUUCUUGUUAUCCAUUUAAUAAACAUCAUAUAUUUAAUAUACUAAUUUAUAAUUAGACAAAUUAUAAUAAAAGCUACUAUUUGGAACUAGAAAAGAUUCAGUAUGUUGUGUCCUUGUUUUAUUAGUUGUUGGUUCUGCAUGAAAGGGUUGUCUAAGUCUCAGGAUCCUUAUCUGUACAAUGGAACUAAAAAUAAAUGGGAUCAGGUUUGUAAAGGGCUUAGAGUAGUACCUGGUACAAAGCACUGUGAAUAAUAAUCCUCAUCACCUAUCUCAAAAGGCUACUUUGGUGACAUUAUUCGCCAAGCACAUGUACAAAACUUUACCAAAUGUAAUGUAUACAGCAUUAGACACUAUAACUUAAAUAAGCUUGUUAUUUAUGAUUUACCCUGCCAAAAAUGAAACACUGUCUUUAAAUAAUCAGUUUUUGAGAUUUGUGUUUCUUGGCAGUUGGAGCUCAGCCAGCUGAGCACCUGAGGUGUCACACCCUCAGGAAACAUCUUUUAUCACUGUGGGCGUCAUCAAGGAUUGAUAAAUAGGCAAGUUUCCCCAAGAGUAAAUGCCUCUUUGUUUUUCUACGUCUAAGGAGACUAUGGGUAAAUGCUGAAGGAAAGUCUCUCUCAUGGGUACCUAACUGUGGAAGUGGCUGCAAAAACCAAAAGCUCCUAUUUGGCCACGGGGUAGACAAGCUCAGAGCCGGAAGUUUUACCUGCCCGGUGGUAACUGCCCUGAGCUUCAGUUGCUUCCCCGCCAAUUUGGCCACUGCACACUGCACCUUGAGUUGAAGGCACUGUUUUCCCUAUUUCCUUCUUCGUCCGGAUUAAGAACACCGGAAAAAUCACAGAAAGAAAUUCCUAGGCGGUUCUAACACCGGGACUGAGAAAUCUGCGCAGAUAAGACAGGCUUCGGGUGCUGCAACGAGAUGCCCACUUGAGGCCGGAACCAACGGUGACCAAGUGUGUGCUUCCAUGCGCUGCGGGCUCUUCCAAACGCUAACAGCACUGGACACCCGGCGUGCGCCCAAAUAUUUACUAAAUAAAUGUCUACACUGCACAACCUGUCUUGAGUCAAAUGCAUCCCCACCCAGAAAAUAAUCAAGCUAUGUGAUUAUUAUAGAGCUGAAUCAGACUGCCAUUUCGCAAAUACAAAACCGAUCUUGCUCAUGCAUCUACAGGAAUAAAGACGGUUUAAAAAGAAAGCCUCUCGCGUUUUGUUUUUGCUUUUCUUUUCAAGAACAUUUCUCUGACUUUUACAAUAUGGACUUCACCAUAGCAUCGGACAGCAGCAGAGCAAGAGACUUUAUAAAGUCUCUUCCCAACGUUAUUUGGAGGUAAACGGCUCCGGCCGCACUUUUCCGCUCUGGGGUUCAAUCCUAGGUAUCAAUUUCAGGUCGGAGACGCCCCUUAUGGCCGUUCCCCUCACCUGGGGAGGUAGAAGGGGACAGCUCUCCUGGCUCCCUGUCCGCCUGUGCCUCAGAAAUCUUGCGGAAGAAAAGAAAGGUGGUGAUGGUGAGGUCACGGCCAUCUAAAGAUCCCAGGUCGGCGCACGCAGAACCACUAAGCUGAGCGCCUCUGUAUCUUUGCGAACCGCCCGCCUGGCACCCAAGCACUCUGCCCGGGUCGCGGCGGCGGCGCGCGCACGCGCACUCCGCGGCCCCGCGCCCGCUCCUCAACAUUCCAUUCCACGUGUUGCUUGUUGUAGGCGCCACAGGUUCCCCACCUGCGCCGGGGCGCUCUGGCGGCCGCGCCUCGGCCGGCGGAGGUUGAGGAACCAAGAGGGCGGCGGGGCCCCGGCCCGCUGAGCAGUUCACUAGGCGCUCGGGCUCACUCCCGGCGCUAACUCCGCCUAUUUAAUCCGGGCGGCCCCCGCCCUCCCUUUCGCCCUGGUGGUAGGAAACACUCCUGGGUCCAACUCGACGUGUCCGGAAAGCCUCGGUCAGUUUCCCUUUCGUUCUGCCGCAGCAGCUGCCAGCCGCUCAGCUCGUGCAGACCUGCGGGCGCAGCCGCCGAGAGUGAGGCGCCUGGGGGGCCGCGGAUCCCGCGGCAGGGCGUCCGGAGCACCAUGCUGGACCCGUCUUCUAGCGAAGAGGAGUCGGACGAGGGGCUGGAAGAGGAGAUCCGCGAUGUGCUGGUGGCGGCCGGCGGCUCGCAGCGAGCGCCGCCGGCCCCGGCUCGGGAAGGGCGGCGGGACGCGGCGGGGCGCGCAGGUGGCGGCGCGGCCAGACCCGUGAGCCCGAGCCCCUCGAUGCUGAGCGAGGGGCGAGACGAACCUGAACGGCAGCUGGACGAGGAGCAGGAGCGGAGGAUCCGUUUGCAGCUGUACGUUUUCGUCGUGAGGUGCAUCGCGUACCCCUUCAAUGCCAAGCAGCCCACCGAUAUGGCCCGGAGACAGCAGAAGCUUAACAAGCAGCAGUUGCAGUUACUGAAAGAACGGUUCCAGGCCUUCCUCAAUGGGGAAACCCAGAUUGUAGCCGACGAAGCAUUUUGCAAUGCGGUUCGGAGUUACUAUGAGGUUUUUCUCAAGAGUGAUCGAGUGGCCAGAAUGGUUCAAAGUGGAGGAUGUUCUGCCAAUGACUUCAGAGAGGUGUUUAAGAAAAAUAUAGAAAAACGUGUGCGGAGUUUGCCAGAAAUCGAUGGCUUGAGCAAAGAGACAGUGCUGAGCUCCUGGAUAGCCAAGUAUGAUGCCAUUUACAGGGGUGAAGAGGACUUGUGUAAACCGCCAAACAGAAUGGCCCUGAGUGCUGUGUCUGAACUUAUUCUGAGCAAGGAACAACUCUAUGAAAUGUUUCAACAGAUUUUGGGGAUUAAAAAACUAGAACACCAACUUCUUUAUAAUGCAUGUCAGUUGGAUAAUGCAGAUGAACAAGCAGCCCAGAUCAGAAGGGAACUUGAUGGCCGUUUGCAGUUGGCUGAGAAAAUGGCAAAGGAAAGAAGAUUCCCCAAGUUUAUAGCAAAAGAAAUGGAGAGUGUGUAUAUAGAAGAGUUGCGGUCUUCAGUGAAUUUGCUAAUGGCCAAUUUGGAGAGUCUUCCAGUUUCAAAAGGUGGUCCAGAAUUUAAAUUGCAAAAAUUAAAACGUUCCCAGAACUCGGCCUUUUUGGACAUAGGGGAUGAGACUGAGAUUCAGCUGUCAAAGUCCGACGUGGUGCUGUCAUUCACCUUGGAGAUUGUCAUAAUGGAAGUGCAAGGUUUGAGGUCAGUCGCUCCCAAUCGAGUUGUUUACUGUACAAUGGAAGUGGAAGGAGGAGAGAAACUGCAGACAGACCAGGCGGAAGCCUCAAGGCCACAGUGGGGAACACAAGGAGACUUCACCACUACUCAUCCACGGCCUGUGGUCAAAGUAAAACUCUUCACAGAAAGCACUGGCGUCCUGGCUCUUGAAGAUAAAGAACUGGGAAGGGUGAUAUUAUACCCAACUUCCAAUAGCUCCAAAUCAGCUGAGUUGCACCGAAUGAUAGUUCCAAAAAAUAGCCAGGACUCGGACUUAAAAAUCAAAUUGGCAGUGCGAAUGGAUAAACCACCACAUAUGAAACAUAGUGGAUAUCUGUAUGCCCUUGGGCAGAAGGUUUGGAAAAGAUGGAAAAAACGUUACUUUGUUCUUGUUCAGGUUAGCCAAUACACCUUUGCUAUGUGCAGUUAUAGAGAAAAAAAGUCUGAGCCACAAGAAUUAAUGCAGCUUGAAGGAUACACUGUGGAUUACACAGAUCCCCACCCAGGCCUUCAGGGUGGGCAUAUGUUCUUCAAUGCUGUUAAAGAAGGAGACACUGUAAUAUUUGCCAGUGAUGAUGAACAGGAUAGAAUACUGUGGGUUCAAGCCAUGUACAGGGCCACUGGACAGUCAUAUAAACCUAUUCCUGCAAUUCAAGCCCAGAAGCUGAAUCCUAAAGGAGGAAGUCUCCAUGCAGAUGCUCAACUUUAUGCAGACCGUUUUCAGAAACAUGGUAUGGAUGAGUUUAUUUCUGCAAACCCCUGCAAGCUGGACCACGCCUUCCUGUUUAGAAUACUCCAGAGGCAGACUUUGGAUCAUAGGCUGAAUGAUUCCUAUUCUUGCUUGGGAUGGUUUAGCCCUGGCCAGGUCUUUGUGUUGGAUGAGUACUGUGCCCGUUACGGCGUGAGGGGCUGUCACAGACAUCUCUGCUACCUUACAGAACUAAUGGAACAUUCGGAAAACGGUGCUGUCAUUGAUCCAACCCUGCUCCAUUACAGCUUUGCAUUCUGUGCCUCUCAUGUGCAUGGCAACAGGCCUGAUGGAAUUGGAACUGUUUCCGUGGAAGAAAAAGAGAGAUUUGAGGAGAUAAAAGAAAGACUCUCUUCCCUUUUAGAGAAUCAGAUAAGCCAUUUCAGAUACUGUUUUCCCUUUGGACGACCUGAGGGUGCGCUGAAAGCAACGCUUUCAUUACUUGAAAGGGUUUUAAUGAAAGAUAUUGCCACUCCCAUACCAGCAGAAGAGGUGAAAAAAGUGGUCAGAAAAUGUCUUGAGAAAGCUGCCUUGAUCAAUUACACGAGACUCACAGAAUACGCCAAAAUAGAAGGCCCAGCAGAAAAGGAAACAGAGACCAUGAACCAGGCGACUCCUGCGAGGAAGCUGGAAGAGGUUCUUCAUCUAGCGGAGCUCUGCAUCGAAGUCUUACAGCAGAAUGAAGAGCAUCAUGCAGAGGGAAGAGAGGCAUUUGCCUGGUGGCCUGAUUUAUUAGCGGAGCAUGCAGAGAAAUUUUGGGCUUUAUUCACGGUGGAUAUGGAUACAGCACUUGAAGCACAACCACAAGACUCCUGGGACAGUUUUCCUCUUUUCCAACUGCUUAAUAAUUUCCUCAGAAAUGACGCACUUUUAUGUAAUGGAAAAUUUCAUAAACACUUGCAAGAAAUCUUUGUGCCCUUGGUUGUCCGCUACGUGGAUCUCAUGGAGUCCUCCAUCGCUCAGUCAAUUCACAGAGGUUUUGAGCAAGAGACAUGGCAGCCUGUCAACAAUGGUUCAGCAACAUCAGAAGACCUUUUUUGGAAACUUGAUGCACUGCAAAUGUUUGUCUUUGAUCUUCACUGGCCAGAACAAGAAUUUGCCCAUCACUUAGAGCAAAGACUUAAACUAAUGGCCAGUGACAUGAUAGAAGCCUGUGUCAAAAGAACAAGAACCGCAUUUGAACUCAAGCUGCAAAAGGCAAGCAAAACCACUGACUUGCGCAUCCCAGCUUCUAUGUGUACGAUGUUUAAUGUGCUAGUUGAUGCCAAAAAGCAAAGCACCAAGCUCUGUGCCCUGGAUGGAGGACAGGAGUUUGAUAGUCAGUGGCAGCAGUACCAUUCCAAAAUAGAUGAUUUGAUUGACAACACUGUAAAAGAAAUCAUUUCACUCCUAGUUUCAAAGUUUGUUUCAGUGCUGGAAGGGGUGUUGUCUAAGCUCUCAAGAUAUGACGAAGGCACUUUCUUUUCAUCCAUCCUGUCGUUCACUAAACCAGGAAUGGAUCUGGCAGAUACCUAUAUUAUGUUUGUUCGGCAAAAUCAAGACAUUCUUCGAGAAAAGGUCAAUGAGGAAAUGUACAUAGAAAAGUUGUUCGAUAAAACCUAUAGGGACUUCCGACUGCAGGGUGUGCUGGAAGGCACCCUGAACAGUAAGACCUAUGACACCCUACACAGACGUUUAACGGUAGAGGAGGCUACAGCUUCUGUUUCAGAAGGAGGAGGACUUCAGGGCAUCACGAUGAAAGACAGUGAUGAAGAAGAAGAAGGCUGAUGACACGAAGCUCUGCAGAAGGAAGGAGGACCUUGACUUUAUUUUGUACCUGUUCUUGUAAUUACACUGAUUGUUUGGAUCAAAUAUAAAUGCUUGUUAAAAAGUUAAUGUGGAAUUAGAGUUAAAGGAGAAAAUGCAAGUAUUUUUUUAAAAACAGCCUUUUUUUGUGUAGCUUGAUCUAAAAUGAUGACCUUUGGCUGGCUCUGUGAUUGGAACAUGAAUCUUUUUUUGAAGAAGAUUUGACCUUUGUUUUCUGUAAUAACAUCAAAGUCAUGUCCUGUGUUGUGAAGUGAGAUAUGUAUUUCUCAUGAUAAAACAUUGUGAGAAUAAGCCACUUCUAAUCACUGUGCCGGUCCCAUCUUACGUACCUUUGUUAAAAUGGCGUACUUGACAGUUUAUCAUUUAUGUGCAAGGUUUGUCUCCUAGUCAAUUUAUCAUUGUUGUGAUGUGUAACCUUGGCUCUUAGCACUCCAAAUUGGUCUGCAGGUGUAUUCCUGGGCUUAAAGGAUUGCCAAACCCAAAUAUAGACUAGAUUAUCCAAUGGACUUGUGUCUUGUUCCAUUCUGAAUAUGUCUUCUUUCCAGUAUAAAAAAAAAAUCUCAAAGUGUGGGUAAUAAACGUGCUGCCUUCAACAUACCAUGUUCUACUUCUCGGUGUAACAGCUUGCAGGCAGUGGAAGUCUGCUUGGCCCUAACCACCUCUGUAUUUAUUAGGAUUGUUUAAAUUAAAUGCAGUAAAAAAAUGUUAGCAGUAUUACAAACAUCUCAA